GAGGCAGCGCAGAAGACCGCUGGUCUGUGCCUGCUGCUCCACCCCGCAGACCCAGGCCGGGAGGAUGAGGCUCACCAUCCCUGCCCUGCUGGCCUGUGCCAUUCUGGGGCUGUGCCUGGCUGUCCCCGAAAAAACUGUGCGAUGGUGCACCAUCUCAGAGCCUGAGAACACAAAGUGCACAACUUUCCAAAAGCAAAAUUCUGAUUUGCAAAAGGCUGUUACUCUUGACUGUGUGAAGAAAACCUCCCACUAUGAGUGCAUCGAGGCCAUUGAGAAAGGCAGAGCAGAUGCUAUGACAUUGGAUGCGGGUUUGGUGUUUGAGGCGAGCCAAGCCCCCCACAACCUGAAACCUGUAGUGGCAGAAUACUACGGGUCAAAAGAGAAUCCACAGACCAGCUAUUAUGCUGUGGCCGUGGUGAAGAAGGGCAGCGGCUUCCAGCUGAACCAGCUUCGAGGCAAGAAGUCCUGCCACACUGGCCUUGACAGGUCUGCUGGGUGGAAGAUCCCCAUGGGCACACUCUAUUCCGAACUGCCUGAGCCACAGGAAAAUCUUCAGAAAGCAGCGGCCAAUUUCUUCGCGGGCAGCUGUGUUCCCGGUGCGGAUGGGACAGCCUUCCCCCAACUGUGUCAGCUGUGCGCUGGGAAAGGGAAAGACAAGUGUGCCUUCUCCCACCAUGAACCGUACUUUGGCUACUCGGGUGCCCUCAAGUGUUUGAAGGAUGGUGCUGGGGAAGUGGCCUUUGUGAAACACUUGACGGUAUUGGAGGAUCUUCCACAAGCUGACUGGGACCAGUAUGAGCUCCUCUGCAGGGACAAUACUCGGAGGCCAGUAGAUAAAUAUGAGGAGUGCCACCUGGCCACUGUCCCUUCCCAUGCUGUUGUGGCCCGAAGUGUAGGCGGCAAUGAGGACUGGAUCUGGGAGCUUCUCAACCAGGCCCAGGAAGAUUAUGGCAGAGGUACAACUGGAGACUUCCAGCUUUUCAGCUCCUCUGAGGGGAAGGACCUGUUGUUUAAGGACUCUACCCAAGGGUUUUUAAGGAUUCCCCCUAAGAUGGACUCCUGGAUGUACCUGGGAUAUGAGUAUGCCUCUGCAAUGAAGAAUCUGAAGGCAAAGACACGCCCGGAUGCCUCAACGGCUGGAUGCAAUACUGUGAAGUGGUGUGCAAUAGGCCACCAGGAGAGACUCAAGUGUGAUGAGUGGAGUAUAAACAGUGAAGGGAAAAUAGAGUGUGAAUCAGCAGAGACCACCGAAGACUGUAUUGCCAUGAUCAUGAAAGGAGAAGCUGAUGCCAUGAGCUUGGAUGGAGGCUUCAUCUACAUCGCGGGCAAGUGUGGACUGGUGCCUGUCCUGGCAGAGAACUACAAAACUACCAGUAAUUGUAGGAACACACCAGAAAGAGGAUAUUUGGCUGUGGCUGUGGUUAAGUCAUCAUCACCAGAGGACCUCACAUGGAACACUCUACAAGGCAAGAAGUCCUGUCACACUGCAGUAGAUAGAACUGCUGGCUGGAAUAUCCCCAUGGGCCUGCUCUACAACAGGAUCAAUCACUGUGAAUUUGAUAAAUUUUUCAGUCAAGGCUGUGCCCCUGGUUAUGCACGAAGUUCCAGUCUCUGUGCUCUGUGUGUUGGUUCAGCAAGUGUUCCAGGAAAGGAGUGUGAACCCAACAACAAUGAAAGAUACUAUGGCUACACAGGGGCUUUCAGGUGUUUGGUUGAGAGUGGAGACGUGGCCUUUGUGAAAGAAGAGACUGUCAUGCAGAACACUGACGGAAAGAACACUGACGAGUGGGCUAAGAACCUAAAGCAGGAAGACUUCAAGCUGCUGUGCACUGAUGGCACCAGGAAGCCUGUGACCGAGGCUGAGAACUGCUACCUAGCCCGAUCCCCAAAUCACGGUGUGGUCUCAAGGCAAGAUAAGGCAGCUUGUGUUCGCCAGGUGCUAGUUGAACAGCAGGCCCAAUUUGGAAAAAAUGGAAAUGACUGCUUGGGCGACUUUUGUCUAUUCAAAUCUAAAACCAAGGACCUGCUGUUCAGGGAUGAUACCAAAUGUUUGGCUGAACUUCAGGAAAGAACAACGUAUGAAUCCUAUUUGGGAGCGGAGUAUGUCAAGGCUGUGGGUAACCUGAAACAGUGCUCCACUUCGAAACUCCUGGAAGCCUGCACUUUCCAUAAACCUUUAACUCCAAAAACAGGGCCAUGAGCUGAUGGAGAUGGGAGCUCAUGUGACCCAUCAGCGUCCCCUGGUCUCGCUGCCCUGAGUGGUUUGUUUUUUUUGGCUGCCUUCAUAGUUCAAUGUUGCCAUCUGUGCAGGAAAUAAAUAAAAAAUAUUAUUGGUUUUA